AGGCAGCAGCCAGGGCGGCACGUGAUCUCUGGUGAGGGUUAGGGUCAGCAUGCCACAAUCUCUUUAUCUGGAGCCAUCGGCGAUCUUUAAGUUAACUUAGGUACUACGGUAGGUUCUCAAAAACAUCCAAAGUUUUGUGUUACCUGGACAGUGGGAUGGCCGAGUCGCAUGUGCAACAUCGGAUGAAGGAUGAAGGAUUGGGAAGCUGGCUAACCAAGGUACCGGGGCUAAUGUGGAAAGAGCAUCACAACCCCUCCUUCCGACAUCGCGCUGACAGUGCAACCCAUGUGACAUGUCAUACAGCAAAUUCGCCGGGCUGAUUCUGUUCCGUGCAAGGCACACUCAGCCCAGCAGAGCAACCACCAAAAGCUAACAAGCUAACUGCAGCACCCGCAAGUCACCAUGGGAAAAUUCUACGAGACGGUUCCCGAAAACCUCGUGGAAUGGAUCCUGGAGCAGAAGAUGUUCUGGGUGGCCACGGCGCCGCUUUCGGCGGCCGGGCACGUCAACGUGUCGCCCAAGGGCGGGCAGUACUUCGGUCUGCUCGACGACACGACCUUCUGGUACAUGGACCUGACCGGCAGCGGCAUCGAGACGGUGUCGCACCUGUACGAGCCGGGCAACGGCCGCAUCACCGUCAUGUUCAGCUCGUUCGAGAGCACCCCGCGCAUCGUGCGCCUGUUCGGCCACGGGAGCGUGCUCGAGCGAGGCACCCCGGCGUUCGCUGACUUCGUCAAGAAGCACGACGUCGAGGUGAUUCCGGCCUCCCGGUCUAUUAUUAUCGUCAAGGUGCACCAGGUGGCCAGCUCGUGCGGCAUGUCGGUCCCCUUCUACGAGUUCAAGAGCUUCCGGACGACGCUCGAAGAGGGUUUUGCAAAGAGAGUCGAGAAGUGGGCGCGGGACGAUUCCGGGGACAGUAUGGAGAAGUACUGGGCAUUCAAGAACGCGUUCAGUGUUGACGGCCUCCCCGGGGUGAAGAUCGGGUACAAGACGAUGAAGGAGGAGAAUAUCACGCCGAUCGAGAAGAUGGUCGGCCCCAUGGCUCCGAAGCGAUACCGCAAUGACCGGCGAUUCGACGUCUGGCACCUCAUCCUAGUGGCGAUUCUUUCGGCGGUCUGCACAGCCUGCUCGCUGCCUCUCGUCCUGGCUAUGUCUCUGGGGUCAUCUGCAUAGCUUAGCAAGCGCGAGCUCGAUGAUCUUCGAAUUGAUUUCCAAUGGGUGUGUCUAGAGACUAACCGUGCUCCGUCAAAAUCCCAGCCUACCAAGGAAUCCUGUCGCCAUUGUAUUGAUAGU